GUCCAGGAGGAGGGCCCGCACGAGGGUGGUGUGCACGCGCCGCUGCCUUGCCAGUCAACAGUGCCGGUCUGACACGUCGUCUCAACAACAGGCACACACGCACACUCCCACACCGCCAGCCUAGACACGUCCCGCCCACGUCCUUCCGUCGAGUACUUUCUGGCUGACGAGUAUGGGGAGUUUGCAAGAAAGAUUUAUUGUGUUUAGUGUGUGAGAGAGGAGUUGUUUUGGUGGUAGGUGCUGUGCACAAAUGUGUCACGGUACGAGCCAGGAAGUGCAGCACAGGUGUUCCGGGGCAGUCUGCUGACCUCCCCACACUUCACGAGAGAGGCUUUGACGGUACGCUCAGCAGGUGACUUCACAAAAUUUACGGCUCUUGUAGAAGCUGCCAGAGUCUGUCAUGGGGUGUGGAAUGAGCUCCGAGGCCGCUGCUGCCAUUCCGGACGCGGCCAACCCGGACGAGGCGCUGGAGCUCGCCCUUCGCCAUGCCGACAAGGAGGCGCUGCAGAAGGCCAUCGACACGCACGCCAAUGUCAACAAGAUAUUCAAGGACAGUGACGGCAUCGAGUACUGUGCUCUUCACAUGGCUGCCAAAUUGGACUGUCCAGUGACCAUUCAGAAACUGGUCAAAGCUGCGUCGGAUGUGAAUCGGUUGGACGGGCGAGGCGACAGCGCGCUACAUAUUGCCGCCAGACACGACAAUGGGAGUGCUGUGAAGGCGCUAACAGAGGCAGGAGUGGAUUUGGAACUCUUGAAUCGAGACAAGAUGACGCCUCUUGCUGUGGCCAUCACCAGCACCUGCCCAAACGCCAUGACCGAGCUCCUUCAGGCGGGGGCUAAGGUGGACGCUGGAAGGGACGACCUGGAGGCGCCUUUGGUCAUUGCAGCGAAGGUUGACAACGUGGACGCCGUACUGUCCCUCCUUCAGGCCAACGCAAUGUACCAGAGCCUUAUGAUCCCGAUGCCUGAGGGCAACGAGAGCUUGAACCUACCCAUGUGGGCCACCACUAGAGGUCACACCAAAGUCACAGAAGCCAUCGCUGCAAGAGAGUCCUCUGCAGUGACAGAGACGAAGGCAGACGUUACUCAAGGUAAGAACACCGAUUCGCCCAGGCAAGAGGGCGAUGGAGCUGAAGAAAUUGCAAAUGUUAAUGAAAAUAACGACGUCAAUCCAUCAGCAGCACAAGAAGCCGCACCUGCGGGUGAGGCCCCGCCCGCUGAACCUGCCACCGAUGAGGAACCUCAGAGUGAAGCAACUGAAGAAGCUCAGCCCACAGCAGGAGAGGCAGAAGGUGAGGUACCUGCAGAUAAUCAACCAGAAGAAACACAGCCAGACAGCCCACAGCCGGAAGAAACAGCAGAAGACCCUCCAGCAGAGGAUCCACCUACAGAGGAUCCACCUGCAGAAGAUCCACCUGCAGAAGAUCCACCUGCAGAAGAUCCACCCGCAGAGGACCCGCCAGCAGAAGACCCGCCAACAGAAGACCCGCCAACAGAAGACCCGCCAACAGAAGACGCGCCAGCAGAAGAAGAACCUGAAGCAACGGGAGAUCCACCACCCUCGGACGAAGCAGCAAAGGAGGAUGGAGAUGAAGGCACGGGUGAGGGAUAAAGUGAUUUUGUAAAACGAAAAUAUUUUACCUGAAAAUGGGACAAAAAAUAUGCUUUUGAGUCAAAGGUAUCCCGCACCUAAAAACCCGCAGGCGCUGACUGGAGAAUGUUAAAUAAAAGAAAAGUAUAUUUGAUAUGUUCCUCAAAGAUUCAUAGUGGCUUUGUUAUUCAUUGCGAAAGUUUUGCAGCAAAUGUGCCUUUUCUCUCUGUUCAUCGUCGUCUCCGUUCGUGAGGAAGAGUUGUAGUGUAAGGCAAGGACAAUAUCACAUUCCGUCCCCUCAAAGCGGCAUGUUGUCAUACUGCAUAACCCUGAGACAUUCGAGGAACCUGUGUUGGCGAGAAUAAAGAAGCAAAGUCUGUUAAAUUACCCUGCUGUUGAUGACCCCAGUGCUCUCCAUGGCCAAUAAUUCAUUUUCGUGCACGAAACUGAAACCUCCGGGACAUCAUUCGGUUUAGAUACUUGUUAGUGUUUAUUGUUUAUCCAUACUCACUUAAAUUACUCCAUGUGUACCUAUGAAUUGUUCUUCGGAAUCCGAUGAUCAGUUUACCGGCUGACAUAUUGAGAGGAAGAACUGGAGCUAGGUGUCAGAGCAGCCACAUCAUCUUCAUCUACACUGUCUUUCUUUCCGUGACAAAGUGGGCAUUUGAGUAAAGUCGCUGAACAUUCUUAGGACAGUCGUUGUAGUCGCCUCUCUGUACACGACCUUGGAGCAACCCUGUCUGUUGCAGCGUACGUACACCUGACGUUAUUCGAUGUAUACUAUUUUGAAUAAAAGUAUCAAUGAGUGAA